CAUAAUUUUGUUUUUAUGUGGGUUAGUUUUUAUUUCUCUAACCAGAAAAGCAGUGUUCUCUCCUCGAGAGCGAUUGGCACUGUUCAUAAACCCCAAUUUGAAAAUCCGCGGCCAGCUGAAUCCUCGUCGUAUGGCUGGAGCCCCGGCGCAAAUCCCCCGGUUCCCCCAGACUUUUUCCCCUCUUCCCUUCUUCCCCGACAAAGGGUCCUUUCUGGUCAGAAUGAUGUGGAAAUGGCAAUCCCAGAUCUAGAUCCUCCUUGUCCCUCAAUUCUCCCGUCACCUGUGACGGUGGAUCAAAACCUCAUCUCGGCUCCGCGCCCUGGUCAAGGCAUCCUAGGCUCUUCUCCCUCCCCCACCUUGGCUGCUCUUUCGACCUCUCUCCAGCCUCUCCCAGGGAAGCCGGUAGUUCCUGGAUUAGUUUCUCAAAUCAACUCUUGUGAAACUAAUCCUCUUACUUUGAAGGUUUCCUCAGCGAGUAUUUCGGAUUUCAAUUGGGCUUCGAGAUGCAAGGGUGCUUCAAAGUUCCCGAAUACCGCAGUUGAGGUUUCUGUUUCGGGUGAAGGUAAUCCUCGUGUUAAGGUCCCAAAUGCUUUUUUUGAACGAAGAGCUCGCCUCCAUUCAGAUUACAUAGUGGGUAUCUUCUAUGGAAAUGCUCCUUCCUAUGGUAAAGUAUGGGCUGUCCUAAACUAUCUUUGGGGAAAGGAUCAGAAAGUUAAAAUCCAUACUCUCUCUAAGAAUGCUUUCCUAUUCCAUAUCCCCUCGGCCCCCUUAAGGAAUGAGAUCCUUCAACAUGAACUCUGGCGUGUUGGGGAUUCCCCUUUCUUUGUAACUGAAUGGAAGGCGUCUUUCAGUUUAGAUCCUCCAUCACUGCAGAAGGCGCCACUAUGGGCUACACUCAAUCAAGUUUCUUUCGAUCUGCUUACUGAUGAAGGUUUGAGUUUUCUCUCUCGUCCCCUUGGAAAAAUUGUUGAUGCAAAGCCGUUUUCAACGGUCAGUUCAGCAGAGAUCAAAGUUAUAAUAAAUCUUAAAGAUCCUCUCCCGAAAACUAUAGAAGUCGAAAGAGAGGAUAGGGAAAUUGUGGUGAUUUUUGUCUCGUAUCCGUGGCUCCCACCUCUCUGACCUGUUUGCAAGGAAUUAGGUCACAAAUCUUUCUUGUGUCCUAAAUGAGAUUUGAGACAACCCACCGGGCAAAAGAGAAAACAAUCGAGAAACGAAAAAAUUUAGCUAUGGUUACUGUAAACCCGUUUGCUAUUCUUCAAGGUGAUUCGGAUCAGUUAGCUGAGGUAACAGAGAAAGCUAUCAUAGUCGGGCUACCUUCCCCUUCUCAUCACAGUGGUUCAUCUUCCUCUUCUUCCUCUUCUUCCUCUUCCAAGCGCUCAAAGAAAAACCUUUUAAUGACUCCUUAAAGCACUUACCCUUUGUUCAAUGGAUUAGAGCACGACGUAUAACUUUUGGGGCACUUUUGGAGACGCACGUUAAGGAAUCAAACAAGAACCAAAUUUUAUCAGUUCUGGGACCAGAGUGGUCUGUUUUUGCAAAUUACCAACAGUCGGAUUUAGGGCGUAUUUGGGUUGUAUAUAAGGCCCCUACUAUCAUUACCCAUCUUUUCUCGGAUAGUCAGUCUGUUACUUGUGAGGUGCAGCUGGAAGAUGAGCUACCGUUUAUCUUUACCGCCGUAUAUGCUUUCAACACGGUUGAAGAAAGGUGUCUCCUAUGGACCUCCCUCAAAGACACUUGUAUCUCUUUUAACCUGAGCUCUCGCCCCUGGCUUGUUGGUGGUGAUUUCAAUGAGAUCCUGAAUAUUGCGGAAAAAUCAUCCAUCCAUUCCUAUCACUCUACGUCUACAAUGAGGAGUUUCAGGGAAUGCCUUUCAGAUGUUGGGUUGUUUGACCUCGCUUUCCAGGGACCAAAGUUCACUUAGUCAAACCAUCAAGCUUCAAAUCUUGUUGCCACAAAGAUUGACCGGGCCUUGGUAAAUGGUCAAUGGAUCCAGUCUUUCCCCUCGAGCCACUGUACGUUUGAACCGCCUCAGUUCUCUGAUCACACUCCUUGUCAUAUCAGGAUCAAGACCCCUCCACCCUCCUUUGGUACGAGGCCUUUCAAGUUUUUUAACCUCUUAACAAAAUUGCCCAACUUUGUGGAUGUAGUUGCAGACUCGUGGAGAUCAUUCGGUCCUUCAGCCUUAACCCUCUCUGAUUUCUGUCACAAACUAAACCAGCUGAAAAGACCUUUAAAGACUCUGAUGAAGGAGAGGUUCAGUGACAUUGAAAAGAGGGUCUUAGAAGCGGACCAAAUCCUCUCUCAACUCCAAGUUUUGACCCUAAAUGACCCCUCCCCUUUCAACGUGGCCCAGGAGUCGACUGCGAGGCAAUUUUGUCUAUCUCUGAGGAUCGCUGAAUAAUCCUUCUUUAGACAACGGUCUAGGAUCAAAUGGAUGGAGGAGGGUGAUUCAAACACAAGACUCUUCCACGCAAUGAUGAAGUUCAGAAAUGCCUCGAAUGCUAUUAAAUACGUUCUUAGGCCUGAUGGGACAAGGUCGGAAUCUUUGAGGAAGUUCACAAUCUAGCCGAGAGGUAUUUCUCAUCCAUUUUGUGCUCUCCUAGAGGGGAUUUCUGCCCUUUCCUUCAGAGUUUCCUGGAAAGGAUCAUACCCUCCAUUAUAUCUCCCACUCAGAAAACCUUUCUUGCCGCUGAGGUUACUACUAUCGAGAUAAGAGAAGCUCUUUUGCCUCUACCACUGAAUAAAUCACCGGGUCCUGAUGGCUUUCCAGUUGAGUUCUUUAGAGCGUCAUGGCAAGUCAUUGGUCAGGAAUUUGCUGGUGAGGUGCAGGAGUUUUUUGUCUCUUCCUUUUUGCCGACUUGUGUAAACGCAACCUCCAUGGUCUUGAUCUCAAAGCGGCCAGGAGCAGAGAACUUGAAAGAUUUCAGGCCAAUCUCUUGCAUGAACACUAUAUAUAAGGUUAUUUCUCGGAUAUUGUCUGACAGGCUUAAGCGAAUUCUCCCUUUUGUAAUCCUCCCAAAUCAGAAAGCUUUUAUCAAGGAUAGGCUUUUGAUAGAGAAUGUCCUCCUGGCUUCUGAGGUUCUGCAAGGUUAUCAUUUGUCCUCCCUUACGCCAAGGAUUACCCUGAAAGUGGACAUAUCAAAAGCUUUCAACUCUGUUCGAUGGGAUUUCGUAAUCCAUGCUCUAUCCUCUUAUGGGAUUCCUGACCAAUUUUUGAUUUGGAUCAAAAGUUGUAUAUGCUCCCCCAGUUUCUCCAUUAGCAUCAAUGGAGUCACGUCGGGGUAUUUUAAAGGAAGGAUCGGUCUUAGACAAGGGGAACCCUUAUCACCUAUCCUCUUUUUUCUGAUGAUGAAUGUUCUCUCGAUAAUGCUCAAUCAAGCGGCUCAGGAUGGCAUCUUGCUAUCACCCUAGGUGCGAAGAAAUGGAACUCACUCAUUUGUGCUUUGCAGACGAUUUACUCAUCUUUUUGGAUGGGUUCGAGGAGUCCCUAGUUGGAGUUUUCACAGUUCUGUCACAGUUUGAGAAGUUU